AUGGAAGGCUAUAUUAAUAGGUUGGUGAGAAAGGUGUACAAAUAUGCGAGUAUAUUGAACGAUGUUAUUGGACCAGGCAAGGUUUUAGAAAGUUACACAGACACUGUGUUGAUUUUAGGGGGAUCUUCCAAUAUGUUUGGGAUAGAGCUUUGUAGGACACUAAUCCUUAAUGAAGGGAUACAAGUAGUAAACUUGGAUACAGUAGACCGGCAAGAACUUAUGUUUGGUUCUUGUCAAUCGAGCUGUUGUUCCUUUGGUAGGAAUCCAAAUUUAUUAUCUGUAUUAGAGGAAAAUAACCAUAAGCAUCAACUACAAGAAAAGCGAACGAAAUAUCAUUUUGUUAAAUGCAGUACGAUAACAAAUAAAAAAGAUGUAUUAGACGGACUCAAUAGAGUAUUGGACGGAAGAUUUGGGAUCUCUGUGUUUAUCAAUAAUGUAAACGAAGGAUUAUUUGAGUUUAUGCAAGGAUCUACAGAUCCCAUGUUGUCCCAUGGUCCUGUUGAUAUCAUGAACAAAUCCCUUCUACAAGGCAGCCAGAAAAUAUUCCAAGACGUGUUAAACUCUAACUUAAUUAAUGUGAUGUUAUCUGUCAAAUUCUUUUUGAACGAAAUAGUCCCGCAGACCAUGAAUAUUCUUCAGGAACAAAAUAAGCCACCUGGGUUUUACAUUGUUAACAUUACCAAUACGCUAUCGUUACAUGCUCCAGCUUUUGCAGGUUAUUAUGCAGCUAGCAAAGCUGGCUUAAACCAGUUUCAUGAAAGUUUGACGUCAGAAUUGGGAUAUUACAACAAAAGACGAAUUAAGACCUUAUUGAUUUUCCUCCCAUUUCUAAGCACGCAUACAAUGAGUAAUAUUCCUUGGGUUGAAUAUGCAGCUAUGUUGGUGAGAGACUUGAAGUUGGGACGGUCUGGCGAACUGACUUUAUCCGUUGUACCUGGUAAAUUUCAAUGCAGACAUAUCUUGUCCAUGUCUUACCCAAUAAAGUUUUGGAGGGCAUAUGAACCAUGGUGGUGGGAGAAACAAUUGAUAGCCAUUGCACAUGGCUAUCCUCACACCGUCAACAACGUGUGGCCCUUCAGAAGGACAUCCGAAUUACUAGCAUCGUGA